ACAGGUUUUGAGCGAAUUUUGACUUACAAGAAUUCAAACGGACAUACAUUCAAUGACGAGAUUUUAAACGGACAUACAUUAAACGACGAGAUUUUAUCGCCUGUUUUGCAGACUGUUAUACGAUUAAUUAAUAUAUAUAUAUGUAGUUAAAAUCAUGAGAAAUCGAAGCAGUCAGCUAUAAUGGCAGAGCCUGCAACGGAGAAAGAGACAUCAUCUGUGAUGCCAGACUCGUUUCUUCUCUCAGAUAGUGUAAGAACUCUUUUCUACUAAAUUUGAUAGGAUUCUGCGUUCUUUUUAAUGCUUUUUGAUAGAUUCCGGUAUGGUGUUUAUAUGCUGAAAAGAAGAUUAGAACCAAUAUAAGUGUUGUAGCUUUACAAUAUAAAUCUCCUCUUUCAGGUUUCAAAACUGUGUCUGUCUCCAUCAGCAAAAAUGACAACGAACGGGAUCACCUGGUCCCUUCUCCCUGAAAAGCCACUGAACAUUAUCUCCGAGAAGCUGGAUGACUGUUUCGAUGUUGUUCAUGCUCGCUCUGUUUGCACCUCGUGGCGUUCCAUCAUUCCCUUUCCUUCUUACCUAUCACGCCAAAGUUACUCUCUUCCCUCGCUCGAUAACAAAGGCUCUUGGACCCUCGAGAAGAUCCCUCUCUUCCUCUUUAGACCCCGAGCUCUUGCCGCUGACUACUUCUUGGGAGGGAUAGGCAGAGAUGAGCCAGAGGAGGAGCUUCCAUAUCCUAACCAAUGCUCAGUUAAAGUAGAGAUUCCAGGAUCAUCUGAUCCAAGGUUGAUGAACAUGCUCGACUGCCAGAUCUUCCCUCUUCGCCAUCAGUACCGAAUGAUUGGUUGCAAUGCUAAAGGAUACAGAUGCGUGGCUGUUCUUCCUCUAAACAAGGAGGGAGGAGGAGAUUUCGUUGUUCUCCUCAACUGCACUAGUGUUUUGAUGGUGUUGAGAAGUAACGAAAUGAGGUGGAGGCGGUUUCAGACACUCUCAGUACAUCCGUGCGAUGAUUUAGUCACUUUUAGAGGCAGGUUUUAUGCACUCUUUGUUAACGGAGACGUUUUCGGUUUCGAUCCUCAUUUCCUGGAACUGUAUCCGCUGGUACGCUUCGAGCUUGAUCGGAAAUGCGGUUGGUCCACCUCUCUGGUUCCAUCUGGUGAUGAUGAGCUUUUCCUGGUUGAGCUAAUCUCCUCUCGUAAUGCUGAUGUGUUAGAUUUAAUGAGUCGGUUAAAAUUAAGAGUGUGUAGGCUAGAUGUGGAAGCUGGUCAAUGGGUGGUGGUCAAAGAUAUAGGAGACCGUGUGUUGGUUAUUGGAGACUUGGGAAAUGUCUCAUUCUCGGCGAAAGAGCUUCCUGAUGGUUGUGGUGUGAGUGCGAACUCUAUUUUGUUUACUUAUGGGCCAAGCAAUGUAACAUGCUCCUACAAAUAUGACGACGACCUCAACUGUUGGAGAUAUUCAAGAGAGGAUCUGGUGACUAUCCUCGGCACGUCUCCGGUAGUGGCUCUCCGGGUUGAACGGUAGGUCUUUGGAUUCUUGAGACAUCUAUUUAUUUAUUUUAUUAGGUUCGGUUUUGAAUUUUCGUUACGAUUUUUAGGUAAAGAGUUUGUGAUAUGGUGAAAGCUUAGAUUAUUAGUCUAGUUUUAAUACAAUUCAGUUAGUACUAGGAACACAUUUGUCUGCCUAUAUGUGCUCUUGAUAUCUCACAGUCGUGUUUUGACUAAAUUUCAUCUUAUACCAGAUCUUCAGCAGAUGCAUAUAGCCACCGUUCUUCAUGGCCACACACCCAUAGGAGUGUAAACUUUAGAGUAUGAGUCAAUCAUAAAGGACAUGAGACUGGGUCUGAUCCUUGGCCUAAUUGCAAGGAAAACAUUAAUACUGUUAUUAUCUUUUUUUUUGUAACAAGGAACAAUAAUAAUGGCGUUUAUUUUCCAAAAUCUAUUAAGCUUGAAUUUAUGGUAUAUGAACAAAACAAGGUUUUUCCAUUUUUAGCAAAAUUCCCUAGUAAUUAGUUUCUGAAAAUUUUCUUUUGGACUUUUUCAAAUAUGAUCUAAAAUUUUGAGUCAAACACAAAAAUAACAAUGGUUUUUUUGAAUUUUUUUUUCUUAUUCAUCCUAAAAGUUUAAGUUAUUCACGAAAAUGCUAUUAAUUUUUUUUUUUUUUACAAAUGAUUAUUUUACCUUAUCAUCCUCAUCUUCAUCUUCACCAAAUAUUAACAAUAUAAAAAAAAAAUAUUAACAAUAUUGACAUUUCCAUCAAUAUACUAACCACCAUGAACAACCAAUUUAAAACUUUUAAUGUACCAAAGUUUUGAUUCUUAUUUUUCAUAUCUCAUUACUUAUGCACAUAAAUCACAUUUUUCGCUCUCUUCAAAUUCAUCCAAAAAAACUAAGAUUUUGGUUCCAAGCUUUGUAAGGUUCAUAGAGACAUUAAAGUUCAUGAUUCGUGCUCAUUAACGACUUGGUAGCUUUUGUAGUGACGUUCUGGGUACUUAGAGACGCAAAAUAAGUAAUCUCACAGACUCAAGAUAUGUAAUCAUUUUUUUUCUCAGAUCUGUUCGCGAAGACUUUCAGAAGACUUCGCUAGAUGCAUUCUACAUCAAGAAGAUUUCCUUAGAAGUCUUCUAACUUUCCUUUAUUAAGAAAAAAACGAAAAU